AUGGAGCCACCAAGGAGGAGUGAGAGGCUGAGGCAAAAGAGAGACAGAUUAAGUGACUUGCCAAACGCAAUUCUGCUUCAUAUAAUGUCAUUCAUGAUGAUAAAAGACAUUGUCAAGACUAGCACACUCUCAAAACGUUGGAAGAAUCUCUGGAAACACCUCUCUGAACUAAAAUUAAAUACCUUUGAAUUCAAAAAACCAUGGUUUUUUGCAGAAUGUGUGUCUGAUAUUGUGUCAUCUCGUAGUAAGGGAAACUAUCCCUUAAAAACACUUGAUUUCAACCGUCAUGGUUCAUUUCAACACAAAAUAUUCAGUGAUCUCAUUGAACAUGCUAUCAAUCGUGGCGUCCAGAAAUUAAGAGUAGUUGUCCCAGCAAAUGUUGGUUUGCCAUAUUGUGUCUUUACUUCUCAUUCUUUGACUUCUCUUUAUAUCUCAGCUUCAAUUUAUGAUAAAAGAAGAACUAGACUCCCUAACUAUCUUGAUCUUCCUUCUUUAACAAGUUUGCAUCUUGAUUAUGUUGGGAUUCAAACGGAUGAUAAUGGUUUUGCUGAACCCUUCUCAAGUUGUAAUAAGUUAAACAAUCUUUUCAUUAAGAAUUGUUGUUUUGUUCAUCCUAGAGAUAUCUUUUUAAAGGUGGAAGGAACCCUUCAUGUAACCAAUGCUACACUCACCAAUUUGACUAUCAACAAUUAUGACCCCACUUACAAAUAUGUCAUAUCUGCACCAAACUUAACUUCUUUCAUUGUCAAUGAUUCUCCUUUUCAGCCAUUGGAUAUGCCUUGUGUCAACAUUCAUCAUCUUCACUCUUCUUCUUCAUUCAUGUAAAAUCAAUAUCAACCUUUAGAUCUCUUCAUGUAAACAUGCAUUAUAAUAAGACUGCUCCUAAGUUUUCUUUCAUUAUUACCUACUGAGAUCUAUUUAAGUGCUUUUCCCCCCUAAUUGUUGGCUUUUAUUUUAUUUUAGUAUUUAAAUAACUCAUUGCUCUCCACAAAAUGGAUUUUUAAAGGGAGACGCGCGUUUUUUACAUAAAAAUAAUCCAUAUGUGUAGGCCGAUCUCUUUUAUACCUUAAAG